CAUGUGCCUUUCGAGGAAGAGUGUGUGGAUUUUACAGUGAAAGAGGGCUCUGUUCACCUCUGGACUGAACACACUGUUUGAUUGAGGUCAUGGUUUGUGUUCACUUCUAAGAGGAUUUAAAGAAAAGACAUUCACGAUCAGGGCAUUGUAAAGGUAAGCAUUGUUUGUUUGCGGUUAACUUUUGGUGUGUUUUGUGUCAUGAAACUUGAAACUUUAAGGGGAAGUCGAAAGAAGAAAAACAACAGUGAGAGUAUUGUGAGUAUUAUAAGACUCGGUAUUUUAAUACGGGGUCGUGUGGUUCGCAAAUGAAGAGAGAUUUCCUUUCAAAACACGUGCGCGUUUGCCAGUAAAAGUUUAUGUAAACUCCGUCGCCUGAAGCGAAAGAACAGGGUAGACUCUCAGCUCCUGAUUAUUAAUCAGAUGACGUUCCUCUUCCGGUCAGCCUUAAUCCUAAUUAAUAUUCAUGAGCCGAAAGGCGUUCACUCGUGACGUGUUGUUGCUUUGCGUUUGUAAGGCGUGUCACCCUAAAAGAAGGAUAAAUUCCUAUUUCUAUUAUCAUAUCCUGUCUUUUGUUACGUAGUGCAGCACACGUAGGACUACAUCACGGAGACGACUAUUUGACGUCUGCAUUUACAUCUGCAACACUUAUUAUGAUCAAUUCUCAAAAGGCAGCUCAAUUAUGUAUUUAUUUUUUAUGUAUAAAGGCCCAUUAAUGUGAUAUUUGUGGGUGUUACGGAAAAAAAUAAAUAAAUCAGAAACAAUUCAAUGAUAAGUUAACUGUUUUCGGUAUAAAUAUUGUUCCAGAGCUGUUUUAUAGAAGUUUGUGCUUUAAACGAAAACUGAAUAUAGCCUAUGUUUAUUCAUGUAUAAAUUCAGGUGAUAUGAACAAUAAGUACAUAUUGAUUUUGCGUCUAUUUUUGUCUAUGAAACUAGGGCUGGCAAAAGAAUUGAAUAAUUGCAAUCUCAAAAUUGAAUAUGAAGCCAUAAGAAUAUUAAAUCUGGCAAAUGUUAACUUCUUUUUAAGCCAUUUUUACACUGACUUUUCCUCUGAAUUUAGUGAAUCCCAGUUUAAAAACUCCUGUCCUACAUUAUGACCUCAAGUUACAUAACUGAUAUUCAGGAUCCAUUACUUACACAUGCAUCAUACGAGUUAAAUCUAGUUCUCAGUGCAGCGGGGUCAGUGUUGAAGUGUUUACAGUAGCAGCUUCAGCUCGUCCGUCAUCAGUGUUGUGACAUUACCCUAAGUGUGUUUAGGUCUGAUUGCCUCGUUUGAGUUUGAGCCGGUUUAACCACUUUACCAUAGUGUUACCUACUGGUGUCUACUAAUUACUUUAAUAAAGACCUUUGGUUAAAUGAAUUCAAUAGUGCAAUAAAACACCCAUAGCCUAUAAAGAGAGCAUCCACACGUCUGCCUCCCUCCCGAGCAGACCGUCCGGUCCGGUCCAGCCAGUCAGUGUUUAAUGAGCUCUUCUUUGAUUGAAGAGCUUUAUUGUUGGUGUCAUUACUCUUUUGUGAAGCUGCUUAAGUGUUGUGUUCAGCAGGAAGGACUGACGCGGUUGCUGUGAUACAGAAGCUCUAUCCCUUUAAGUCCUCGUCACAGAGCUCAGCUGUAACCAAAGCUUCAGUGAAUAAUGAUGGCAAACAGGACACACCUGUAUGCAGUUCUUCUUCCUGGACAGGAGAGGCAGCAGAGAGCAGAGAGACCCAACACAAACAGGAUCCCGGAAUAAUUAUGGGAAUGAUUCAAAAACUAAAUCCAUUCAGGUUUUCCUCACAGAACAAGAUCAGCGAGGCUCUGACUGUCUCUGCAGCAGAUGAGCAAACGCAGGAUCACGGCGGGAUGCGAGACCAUCUGAAAUCCACGGCUCAGGUGUCUGAUGAAGCAGAGGGACAGAACGCCUCGUCUGCGAUCGAUGACACAUGUCUGACAGCACAGAUCGAUCAAGCGGCAGAAACAGAUGUCCCCGUCUCCAGUGAAGGAAACCCUCUGGACAAUGAAGACGAUGAAGACGGUCUGCUGGCCUGGUGGAGAACCGUGGAAGGUUGGAGUGAAUGGAACGAGUCAAAGCAAUUUAAUGAAAAAGAUGGAGAACAAGCGAUCGAAUCCGCCGCUAACCGGGUCUUCAUGUCCGCCAAGUUGUUCGUGCACCUGCUGAGUCAGCGCGAGCCGUCGCUGCAGCGGCGCAUACACGAGCUGCUGACGCUAGCGGACGCCGCAGACAGCUUCCACUGGAAGACGGUGACCGCGAGCGUGGGAGGGGGCGUGGCCAGCGUCGCCGGCAGCAUCACCACCAUCACCGGCCUGGUCCUGGCGCCCUUCACCUUCGGGACGUCCCUCAUCGUGACCGCGGUGGGCAUCGGGGUCGCGACCGCCGGCGGAGUGACGUCAGCGUCGGCAAACAUCACCGACACGGUUCACUCCAACACGGACCGGAAGAAGGUGGAGAAGAUGAUCCAAGACUAUCAGCAGGAAGUUAAAGAUAUCAAAGAAUGCCUGGAC